CAAUUAUGAGUGAGUUUUGUAGUAACUGAAUAUUGAUUUUUCCAGCAUUUCUUUACUUGAUAAAAGAAGUAAACUUCUUUAGGAAACAUGGGAAUUGUAUUUAGUGCACUAAAAGCUUGUUAUCACAUGUAUCGUGAUAAAGUAAGGGAACCAGUCAUCAAGCUGAUAGAUCCAAUCUUCCAUCACCACAAAAUUAAAAUAUAUGCUAUGGAUCUAAGAAAUACAGAGCUGCCGCUGGAAGAAAGAGCCCAGGCUGCAUUAUAUAUAGGCCUACUAGCUUACACAGGUGGUGUUGGUGCUGGAAGUUUUGCUUCACAAUAUAUUCAGGACAUGAUUGAUAUUUUGAUUAUGCCAGAUACAUCCACAAAAGUAAGAAUCUUAGUUUUAAAAGGACUAUGUAGUGCAUGCUACAUUAACCCCGUAAACCAAAAUGAAGCCAAAGCUCACCACCUUUCUGAAAUUAUCCUUUCCUAUCUUGAAGAAGAGGAAGACUCUGCAGAAGCGGACCCAGAUCUAGUCCUGGUGAAGUUCUGGGUUUGUUAUCUUAUGACUGUUGUUUGCUGUAAUAAUAUGUCUUAUAUUAAAUUAUUUCAUGAAAUUGGUGGCCAAACACUAGAGAAAAGGCUGGAAUACCUGUCUAACAUGGAAUGGUUUGGCUGGCCCCAAAACUAUGCUACGUUAAUGUACAUGUUUAUGGGAUAUCCAGGCACAGACGUAUACAAAUAGAAUUAAGGGAAUAUGUGUUGGAACAAAUAAUUCUGCUACUGACAAGUACUAGGUCUUACUUUCUUCAAAUAUUUGACACAAUAAAAUUACUGCUUAGUGUUUAAACUGAUGUUGAAUUCUAAGAUUUAUUCAAUCAAUAAAGAAUAAAAAAGGAUAAAUAUCCCGAGUUAAACUCAA